AUGAAGUCUUUAGGGUUAAUUGAUGAUCCAGGUAAUGUAACCCUAAGAUUUUGGCAUGGAGGGAAGUUUAAACAUGUUAGAAAUGGGGAACUUGUUUAUAUUGGUGGUGAAGGCAGGACUUAUAGUGUUGACCCAAAAUAUUUCUUGUUGUUCUUGUUUGUGUUUGUGAAGGCCAUACUGCAUGCAGUAGCUACAAUAGCUAAGUCCUAUAACAGUGCUGAUUAUGAGGAGGCAUUAGAGGAGUUGAAAGAGCUUAACCCUGAUGCUGAGGUUGCCUUUAGGAGUUAUAAUCCCAAAGUCUUUUGUAGAGCAUUUCUAGACACCUCAGUGAACUCAGAUGCAAUAACCAAUAAUAUGGCUGAGACUUUUAAUGGCUAUAUUAUUAAUGCAAGGACUAAACACCAUAUAUGCAUGCUUGAGGAUAUUAGGAUUGCUCUUAUGCAAAGGGUGGUGAAGAAAAGAACUGAGAUGGAGAAAUCUGCUUCAAUACUGUGCCCUAGGAUACAAAGUAAACUAGAAAAAGAAAAAACCAAGGCAGCUGAGUGUGAUGUUAUGCCUUCCUCCCAGACCAAGUUUAAUGUGAGAUAUAUUCUUGAUAUGCUGACUGUAGACCUUCAAGCUAAGAGUUGCACCUGUAAAAAAUGGAACAUGACAGGUAUACCUUGUUGCCAUGCUGUAGCCUGCAUUUUCUUCAAAAACCAAGAGGCUGAGUUGUAUGUUGAUGAAUGUUUCAGAAAAGAGGUGUAUCUCACUGCCUAUGCUGGGGCCAUACCACCCUUAGAAGGAGACAGACAUUGGCCUAGGGUGAAAUGCAAUGUGGACCCCCCCCCCCAUUAA